AUGGACACUCACAUCAAAGUUAAGAAAGAGAGUAUUGAAAGCAUUUAUUUCGACACAAUGUUAUCAGAACUCACUGAAGAGGACUAUAAGCAAGAGAUUGAUUUUAUUGGAAUGGACCCGUUCAGAAUUAAAACUAUCAACGCCCAACAGAUGUUUAAUUUGUACCAGACCUUCCCGAAAAUGUUUGUUUGAGAUAUGCGAAGUCAGGAGCACUUCAAGAACUGCCAUUUCAAGUCAUCUAUAAAUAUUCCUGUUGAUAGGGUGGCUAAGGAAGACUUUAUCAACUUUAAUGUGAAAGAGUUUAUUGAGAAAUAUAUUCCUAAGGAACUGGACAAAGAGAAAUUCAAGAAAAGAAAGAGGUCGGUUGUAGUCAUAGUGGCGCAUCGGGUCUGAUCCGUGGAGAUCUUCAAAGAAUUGCAAGGACUGUUUGACUUUGAGAAUAUGGAUGAUAUGAAGUUUAAAUACUCUGCCCAAGACAUACUCGCUACUAAAAAUUCAAUUUUACUUUACAGAGCUUUUAAGAAAGAGAAAACCAGAGAAGUUUAUAUUUGCAGGAACAGCUUCAAUGCUAUCCAAGGGAAAUACCCCUUCAUGUGUAAGUUCAAAGGGCACAGCCUUUACAUGGAUCCAAAAAAGUGAAAUGGAUAUCCAAAUGAAAUUAUUGACAGAAGACUUUAUCUUGGAGAUGCAACUCAUGCUAAAAAUCGGACCAUAAUGUAUAAUCUAGGAAUCACUCAUAUUUUGAAUGUUUCGACAAACCUUCCAAAUACAUUUGAAGAUUCAAAGAGUAUGAAUAUAACAUAUAAAAAGAUCAACUUGGAGGACACAGAGGAUGCUCCUUUGGACAACCAUUUAUUCAACGCAGCUUAUGAGUUCAUCGACAAGGCCAUCUCCAAGAAGAAGAUUCAUAAGAUGAAGAUUUAUAGCACUAAAUUUGAUUUGGUCCAUAAUUUUUCUGAUAGCAGAAAGAAAUCAAUGACAUUAGUAAAUUCUGCAGCAGAGACAAAUGACAUCUUGUUAGAUCUGAGUGUAAUGGCUGUAUCAGAAAUUAAGAAUAAAAUUUAUGAUAAGCUUUUUGACAUUGACUCUCUAAGUCAAAUACAGAUGCAUCACAGUAACAAUCAGAAUAGAGUCCUAGUCCAUUGUGCAAUGGGCAGAUCUAGGUCUGCUUCCAUGGUUAUCAUGUAUCUAAUGAGAAAAUUUCAAGUCUCAUUUGACACCUCCUUUGAUAUCGUAAAACUAAGAAGAGAAAUAAUAGACCCCAACGAAGGGUUUAUAGCUAAACUAAAAGCCUUCGACAGAGAGCAAUUUAAGCUUAAAAGAGGCUACUCAUUCAGAGCAGGUGUAGACGAAAUAGAUGAGCUUGAAGAACUUUCUCAAGCAAGUGAUACUUCGGAUUCUUCUACAGAGGAUCUGCUAGAGAAAUCUACAGUGCCCUCUACAGAUAUCAAAAUAAGGCCUAUGUUGUUGUAG